GUUGCCAGAGAUUUCAAAACGGGCGGCCAUUCCUCACUUAAAUUCGCCGGCAGCACGUGUUUUGUCGCAGAACUUCUUCAUCCAUUGUUUCAUUAAGUACAGUUGAAAUUUCUCUAUUUUUCGAAAAAACAUGGCAGACAAAAUGAAGUACAAAGUUGCUGAUAUGUCUCUUGCCGACUUUGGUCGAAAAGAGAUCAUCAUGGCUGAAAAUGAAAUGCCUGGUUUAAUGACACUGCGAAAAAAAUAUGGACCACUUCAGCCUUUGAAGGGUGCAAAAAUUGCUGGUUGUUUACAUAUGACAAUACAGACAGCUGUACUUAUUGAAACCCUUCUGGAAUUAGGAGCAGAGGUCCAGUGGUCAAGUUGUAACAUUUUCUCAACUCAAGAUCAUGCUGCUGCUGCUAUUGCAGCUAGAGGUGUUCCAGUUUAUGCCUGGAAAGGUGAAACAGAUGAAGAAUAUAUUUGGUGUAUUGAACAAACAAUUGUUUUCCCUGAUGGUAAACCUUUGAAUAUGAUUUUGGAUGAUGGUGGUGAUCUUACACAAUUGGUUCAUGAAAAAUAUCCCCAGUUCCUUCCUGGUAUUCGUGGUAUCUCAGAAGAGACUACUACUGGUGUUCAUGCUUUAUACAAAAUGUUGAAAAAUGGAACAUUGAAAGUACCUGCCAUAAAUGUUAAUGAUUCUGUGACAAAGAGCAAAUUUGACAACUUAUAUGGUUGUCGAGAAUCUCUAACUGAUGGUAUUAAACGUGCAACUGAUAUCAUGCUUGCUGGCAAAGUAUGUGUUGUAUGUGGAUAUGGUGAUGUAGGCAAAGGUAGUGCUGCUUCUUUGAGAGCCUUUGGUGCUAGAGUUAUUAUCACUGAAAUUGACCCUAUCAAUGCACUUCAAGCGGCAAUGGAAGGUUAUGAAGUGACAACAUUAGAGGAAGCUUGCAAGUCAGCACAAGUGUUUGUUACAACAACUGGUUGCCGUGACAUUAUUCGUGGAGAACAUUUCAUGCUAAUGAGGAAUGAUUCAAUUGUUUGUAACAUUGGACAUUUUGACAUUGAAAUUGAUGUUAAAUGGCUUGAGACAAAUGCAGUUGAAAAAAUCAACAUCAAGCCACAGGUCGACAGAUAUAGGCUUUCUAAUGGAAACCACAUCAUAUUGUUAGCAGAAGGAAGAUUAGUUAAUCUAGGUUGUGCCACUGGUCAUCCUAGUUUUGUGAUGAGUAACUCAUUUACUAAUCAAGUCAUGGCCCAGAUUGAAUUGUGGACAAAACCUGAAAAUUAUCCUGUUGGUGUCUAUUUUCUGCCCAAGAAGUUGGAUGAAGAAGUUGCUGCUCUGCAUCUGGAUCAUCUUGGUGUCAAACUUACAAAACUGACAAACGUCCAAGCUGAAUACUUGUCUCUGGAUAAGGAUGGUCCAUUCAAGCCUGAUCACUAUAGAUAUUAAACCAAAAAAAAGAAAAUCAAUAAAAUGCCUAUUUUUGUAAUGCACUCGCAACUUUUAUUGCCAUGGUUUUUAAUUUUUUUAAAAAUUGUAAUAAAUGCAUUGUUAAAUUGCAGAAAA